ACUGAACUGGAGAGCCUGCAUUCAAACUCCAUAAUUAACUUGUAAAUUAGUCCACACAUGCCCAACAUAUUCUUAUUCUCAAGUAGUAAUCAUUUUUCACUAAUUUCAGAGGACCAAACAAGUGAAUGUAGGGCUCCCUAUUAUGGUUAAUUCUACUCAAUUACUUAAAGCUCCUCCGGCGUCCUGCCCUUGACUGUUGAAUCGGAUUCCCUUCCAAAUGGUUCCACGAGGAGCUCCUAACACACUUAGUACUUCCCAGUCUGUCCCGGCUUCACUGUUGCGAUCAAAUUCUGCUCUUUUGGGUGGUCAGGGAGGUUCCAUCUCAUCACAGGGUGAUUUCCCCUCUGUCUCAUCUCCGCGUAUGCAAUUUGGUAACAUGAAUAAUGUGCUCGGGAAUGGCUCCAAUGUUACGUCUCUACUGCAUCAGUCGUUUGGAAACAGGGGCCCUAAUCCUGGGUUCUCUGGACCCGGGAGUACUCAAAGAGGUCUUGUUGACAAUGGCGCUGAAUCUGAUCCACUUUCUAGUGUUGGGAAUGGAAUGGGAUUCAAUGUGCCACCUUCAUCAUUUGUUCCAAUGGCCACAUCCACGAAUUCUGAUAUGGCUGCCCAAGUUCAGGGACAAAAGUUUCUUAGUGCUUCUGGGAACCAAAUGUUUACAGACCAACACCAAUCCCAACAACUGGAUCCCUUGAGUUUCCAGCAUAAUCAACAGCUCCCACAGUUCUCUACCCCUGAAGGUUCUCAGACACCGCACCAGCAGCUUCAUUCGAUGCGAAGUGGAUUAGGAAAUGUUGCUUCUGUUAAACCAGAGCCACAGGUUGCCAAUGAUCAAAUGCCACUGCAAUUGCAAGCUUCACAAAACAUGGCCACAGUGAAACUGGAACAGCAGCAAAUAGAAAACAUGAGAGGUUUGGCCUCUCAGGUUCCAAGUCAAUCUCCACAGCACUUGCAAGCUUUACGGAAUCUUGCCUCAAUGAAACUGGAAUCGCAACAGCUACAAAGCAUGAGAGGUCUGGCGCCCAUCAAAAUUGAACCACAACAUGCUGAUCCAUCUUUGUUUAUUCAACAGCAACAACAGUUACUUCAAAUGUCUAGGCAGUCACCUCAAGCUGCUGCCAUGGCCCAGCUUUUGCAUCAACAAAGACUUAUGCAGUUCCAUCAACAGCACCAACAACAACAUCUCUUGAAGGGUGUGCCUCAACAAAGGAAUCCACUUCAGCCCCAAUAUCAACCAUCGAAUAUAUCUUUUAGAUCUCAAGCAAAACCAUUUUAUGAGCCUGGGAUGUGUGCACGCAGAUUGACUAAUUACAUGUAUCAGCAACAGCACAGACCUGAGGACAACAAUAUUGAAUUUUGGAGGAAAUAUGUAGCAGAGUAUUUUGCUCCCAAUGCUAAGAAAAAGUGGUGUGUCUCAAUGUAUGGAAGUGGCCGUCAGACAAAUGGGGUCUUUCCUCAGGAUGUCUGGCAUUGUGAAAUAUGCAACCGCAAACCUGGGCGUGGGUUCGAGGCAACUGUAGAGGUCUUGCCUAGGCUUUUUAAGAUAAAGUAUGAAAGUGGCACAUUGGAGGAAUUACUUUAUGUUGAUAUGCCUUGCGAGUAUCAGAAUUCUUCUGGGCAGAUUGUCCUGGACUAUGCAAAAGCUAUUCAGGAGAGUGUGUUUGAACAACUUCGUGUUGUCCGUGAUGGUCAGCUUCGAGUAGUCUUCUCACCUGAUCUGAAGAUCGUCUCUUGGGAGUUCUGUGCACGCCGUCAUGAGGAGCUUAUACCUAGAAAGUUGUUGAUACCUCAGGUCAACCAACUUGGAGCUGCAGCUCAAAAAUACCAGACUGCCAACCAAAAUGCAUCAUCUACCAUAUCCGCUUCUGAGUUGCAAAAUAACUGCAAUCUCUUUGUUACCUCAGCUCGUCAAUUGGUGAAAGCCUUGGAAGUUCCAUUGGUAAAUGAUUUGGGAUAUACCAAGAGAUAUGUGCGAUGUCUUCAGAUAUCAGAAGUAGUGAAUAGCAUGAAAGAUUUGAUUGACUAUAGCAGAGAGACCAACAUGGGGCCUAUGGUGCACGACUGUGAAUUCCUUGACACUUUUGGUCCCUCCGACCACUUAUCCGUCAAAUUUUCUGUUCAACUGGUCGAUAUUCGGUGCCUCGGUGGAUAAGUGACUGAAGAGGACCGUGGCAAGAAAUAUAUAGUCGUGAG